UACAUAAUUCACACAAGUUCGCAGUUGCAGGGUCACCGUGGUUCCACUCUGCUGACCCCAGACCCUAGUGUACCAGUUGCUGCAGACGAAGCUGUUCCCAGUGAGAAGAAGCUGCAAUUUCUAGCUUGGACCUCACAGGAGACGAUUCUGGAAAAGAGGAAGCAAUGGAGAAAAAGCUGGUUUCGGUUUUAUUUUUCUGCUGCUGGCUGACAGCUACGCAUGCGUGCACGUGCCUGAUGCCUGACCACGACAGCUACUGCACCAUGACCAUCGUAUUUCACGGAAUAGCAGAAGCACUGGACAUUCAAGACAAUGGCGACACGGAUGUCUACACAUUUUGGAUAGACCAGAUCUUUUGGGCUCCAGAUGAUUUCAACGACACGCAAGCAAUCAAUGUAACUUCACACAGUUUUGACAGUCUCUGUGGAUUUUCAUUUGAACUGGACACCCCGUACGUUGUUGCUGCCAGAUUCGUCAACGGAGUCUUCAGAAGCGGACUUUGUGAUGGCAACCAACUCUGGAACUCUCUCCCGAAGUCGGAGAAGCGUUUUUUCUCAAGAAGACUUCAGAAACACUGUGCAAGGAAAAAUAAGGAACAACCAGAAGUAGCAGGACACUAGCGCCUGAGUCACGUGACUUCAAUGGACGCUGAGCAUGAACUUGCAUGAAGUUUAUUUCUUCCUUGAGACGGGAGAGAACAGUGAAGCAGAAAACUUCAAAAAGUCGAAAUGUGUUUGUGAUUUGGACGCCUGCAAGCCACAGUUCUUAGUCAUUUUUCUCACAAGAUAAACCGGAACAUCUUGCUCUGAAUGUAAAUAUUUAUCUUUUCCUUCUGCGAACCGGUGUAAACAGUAAAUAAACGACCAAAAGGAAGUAGUUGUUUACGUGUUGUAAAUCCCGGUAACACGAUGUACAGGAUUCAUCAAAUCAUUUUUAAACCUGUCGUGUUUUUUCAGGUCUGCAAUACUUCAUACUAAUAAAUAUGAAACAAAAUAAUAUGA